GAACUACUCAGCUCUUUCUUCGAUGCACUCACAGUAAGGUGUUUUUUUUUUUUUUUAUAUGAAUAAACGAAAACACAACCGGCACUUUUCAGCCCGCCCGCUCCGUGUCUUCAAUGCCGUCGACUCGAUAAGAUACGAGUUUCUUUUGUUUAUCUGCGACAAGCCGAAAUACCCAUCGACGGAGGGUCAUUGUCCACCCAGCCAGCCAUUCACGGCUCAUUUUCCGACUCUAUGGACCCGUCAUUAGACUCGACAGUUCCCAGCUCGGAUGAGAGCAUAACGCCAUCAUCACUACCGCCAUCGACCUCGAUACCGAGCAAUAUCAGACGGCCCCGGGGCCGUGUGGCUAAUGUCUACGAUGCCGUCGCGGGGCGUGUCACACUGAAUGGGGCUCUCAGCGACUCGGAGACCGCCGUGAACAGAAGCAAGCGUCGCCUGAGCGUGACCUCUGGCCGCUACUCGUCGCGCAAUCCGAAACUGGCCCCUGAGGAGGCCCUGUUUAGGCGUAAGAACGCGCCGGUCCGGUACGCCGAGCAGGACAUAUACUGGGCCAACGAGGACCUCCCUAAUAAUGGCCAUCGUCUCCCCGACACCAACCUGCUACGGUCUGUACACGGUUAUGCUAGUAGAUUCUACGACGCAGCAGCCGGCCGUCUUGGCCCUCGCUGUGUCGUCGGGGCCAGGGCCAUUGACGAGAGGAGCAUGGACGAGACUGCACUAUUGGCGGUGGGCAUCUUGCUAGAGGAGGCCAGCCGGGAGAGCCUAGGCAAGAGGGGGGAUGUCGUUUUUACCGAAGCCUCGACGGAGCCCAAGCUAAUGGCUAAGACCAUGCCGGUUACCAAGUUGCCUCGGCCGAGAUCUGCGGGUUCUCAAAGUGCCGAUGAAGCCCCUACUACUCAGAGCUCUCGAAAGGCAAAGCGGAGAAAGGUGGAGGAGGGAGACACCGUCGUGAACGAAGUAUCAUGACCAGAUCCAGUUAUCAUGACCGGAUCCAGUCUCAUUCUCGAUAAAAAGCAAAUCGCACGCAUCGGGAGCUGGGAGGCCCGGGGCGUCGGCCGCGUCGCAUUGGAUGAAGCAUCGAUUCCUGUUCGAGAAACGUGUUGGACGCACUCUUGGGGAGUUCGCCACCAGAAAAAGCCCUAAGAAACGGGCAGAAAGAAGGAAGA